GUAGUCUGGUGCGUAAGGCGCUUGCGUCAAUGUUGUUGAAGGCCUGCGACUAGCCAGCGUGCUAAUCAAACAUUCGGAACGUGAACUUACGUACAUAUUUCGUAAUUAAUAACCUUCGGAUAGCGACUUUUAUCCCAUUGCACGCCAUCUAAUCGGGCUCGGUCCGAUAAACACCCAGAAUGUCUUUCCCCCCUCAUUUAAACCGGCCGCUGUUGCCCCCUCCAGGGAUGCCCCCUCAGUAUGCUGGCUUCCCCUCAGGGACUCCAAUGAUCCCCGUUCAUGUGGGUAUCAUGACCCCCACCUCUGCAGUAAUGGUUCCUUCUGUGACAGUGGUCAGUAAGCCUCCAGUCCCCAGGAAGGAUAUUGCUGCUGUGCGAGCCAAAGACAACGAUCUGAACAGUGGCCCCACCACCACAGUGUUUGUGGGGAACAUAUCAGAGAAAGCUUCAGAUAUGCUGAUAAGACAACUGCUUGCGAAAUGUGGAAUUGUUCUGAGCUGGAAGAGAGUCCAAGGAGCAUCUGGCAAGCUUCAAGCCUUUGGGUUUUGUGAGUACAAGGAGCCAGAGUCCACAUUGCGAGCACUGCGGUUGCUUCAUGACCUACAGAUUGGAGACAAAAAUCUCUUAGUGAAGGUGGAUGCCAAGACUAAAGCUCAGCUGGAUGAGUGGAAGGCCAAGAAGAAGACUGUAAACGGGGAUGCGAAAGCUGAAGAUGGAGGAGAUGAUGAGGAAGAGAUUCUAGACGAGGAGACAAAGAAGAAAGAUCAGAUUAUCAAAGGUGCUAUCGAUGGACUGAUGCGGGAAUAUGCUGCCGAACUCAAUGCGCCGUCACAGGAUGAGGACUCGCAGCGACGAAAGAGAAAAAAGGAGAAAAAAGAAGAGGACGACAUUAACACUAUUGAUAUGGAGGAGGACAAGAGAGACCUGAUUUCCAGAGAGAUUAGUAAAUUUCGUGACACCCACAAGAAACUAGAAGAAGAGAAAGACAAGCGGGAGAAGGAGCGGCAGGAGUUCGAGCGGGAGCGGAGGGAGCGGGAAAAAGAGCGAGAGCGGGAAAGGGAGCGGCGGGACCGAGAGAGGGAGAAGGAACGGGAGAGGGAACGGGAGAAGGAAAAAGAACGGGAAAGAGACAAAGACCGGGACCGUAGGACCAGAGAAAGAGAGCGAGACAGAGACUGGGAGAAAGACAGAAGCCGUGACAGGAGCACCGAGCGCAGCCGAUCAAGGGAGAUGAGUCGAGACCGAGACAGAGAGAAGAAACGGGACCAAGAGGAUGAAGAGGAGGCGUAUGAACGCAGGAAGCUGGAGAGGAAACUCCGAGACAAGGAAGCAGCCUAUCAGGAGCGUCUAAAAAACUGGGAGCUCAGGGAGAGGAAGAAGGCACGAGAUUACGCAAAAGAGUCGGAGAGGGAAGAUGAACGUCGACGAGAAAUGGUGAAAGAGGGCAAACGGCUGAAAGAGUUUCUUGAAGACUAUGAUGAUGAAAGGGAUGACCCCAAGUACUACAGGGGCAGUGCGCUGCAGAAGCGUCUCAGAGACCGAGAGAAGGAGAUGGAGGCAGACGAGCGUGACAGGAAGAGAGAGAAGGAGGAGCUGGAGGAGAUCAGACAGAGGCUGUUAGACGAGGGACAUCCAAACCCAGACGCAGAGCUACGCAGGAUGGAGGAGGAAGAGGAGGAGCGUCUCAGACAACCUCCCAUCAUCCAAGAGCCGGAACCCGAGGAGGAAAGGGAACGCCACAGGAGUUCACGAGAGCGCAGGGACCAUCGGGACCACCGGGACCACCGAGACCACCGACAGGACCGGGACCCUCGACAGGACCAGGACAGAGCAGAGGCCCGUUCACGGCCCUCCCACUCGGACAACGAGAUGGAGGAGGGCGAGGAAGACGAUUAUGACAAUGACGAAGAUAACCCAGAUGCAAAACCGUGCUUGAAGCCCACAAUGCGGCCCAUCACAGCAGCACCCUCAGUGUCGUCGGCCAGUGGCAAUGUGUCCCCUAACACGCCCGGGGACGAGUCGCCCUGCGGCAUUAUAAUCCCCCACGAAAACUCGCCCCCUGACGCCCUGCCGCAGGAGGAGCACCGGCCAAAGAUUGGCCUCAGUCUGAAACUGGGUGCCACAGGAAGCCCCAGUCAGCCCAAUGCAGUUAAGAGGAAGAAGCUGCCCGUGGACAGCGUCUUCAACAAGUUUGACGACGAAGAGGCUGAUGAACAGCCUCGCAAGAGGAAGCUGGUGCCCCUGGAUUACGAUGAUGACAAGAGCCUCGGGGUGGACGGAGCCGGGCUCUCCAGCAUAAAGGGCGCCAACACAGAGGAGAAACGUAAACACAUCAAGAGCCUGAUAGAAAAGAUUCCCACAGCAAAGCCUGAGCUGUUCUCCUACCCGCUGGACUGGUCUAUGGUCGACACGACGUUAAUGGAACGACGUGUUCGGCCCUGGAUCAACAAAAAGAUUAUCGAGUACAUCGGAGAGGAAGAGGCAACGUUAGUGGACUUUGUCUGCUCCAAGGUGAUGGCUCACAGUAUGCCACAGAGUAUCUUGGAUGAUGUUGCUAUGGUUCUUGAUGAAGAAGCUGAAGUCUUCAUAGUGAAGAUGUGGAGGUUACUCAUCUAUGAAACUGAAGCUAAGAAGAUCGGACUGGUGAAAUAAGCAAAACAACCACUGAAUGAAGAACCCCCCCCCCCCCCCAACAUUGUGUAUAAUAGUGUAGCAUCAUUUUGUCACCCCCCAAACAAAGCGGCUUGUCUUUAUCAGUACAGACCACUUACAGAUUCUGGUCAUUCUCACAUGUGCAGCAGUUCAGGUUGUUAUUUUUUUUUUUUUUUUUACCCUAAUCAUACUCAGGCUCCAUUCGCCCUUUCCCUUUCUGUUGCUGACCGUGUCGGUGUGCUUUUGUGUGUAUACGUCAGUAUUUGACUCUGAAAUAAUUCUGAAAGGAAACUACUGACAGACACCCACAACCAUGGUUUUGUUGCCAGAUAAGCUCUUGUGGUCCUAUACUUUUAUUGGUGUAAAUGCCGACACGCACUUUGUGGGACGAGUCAUCUGCAGCAUCAGUUUACCGAUUUCAUGAACUUUUCUUUAAAGUCUCUAAGGUGUGGAGUCUGGCUCGCAGUUGAAUGUGAGUUAGCUAAGUGGACACAGACUUGAGUAUGCAUAACUACAACAAGGAUGUGAUUUUAUAUUUUUUUUAUUCAGGGAUUUGGACGCAACUUUUGUUUAUUUCUGUCGGGCUACCAGAUGUUCCUUCUUCAUUAUCACAUUCCUAAUCAACAUGUUGGCAUGUUUCGUCCUCCAGAACAUCUCAAAAAAAAAAAGACCUAAUUGUCAUUUGAAAUGUGUCUGAGACACACUGAAUAUUUUGGGUAGUGACACCCCUUCAGCUGGAUAAGCACACCUGCACAUCAUAACCACUAAAGGAAAUUGAGCUAAGAACAGGAAAAAUUAUUUGAAGUUGUGAAGAUGCUCUCCAUUUGUUUUUGUAUUGGUGAACAUUGAAUAAAAUUGAUUUUUAUAA